AUGUGUCAUCUACUCCGCCUCCCUCCUGAAAUUCUCGUCUAUAUUUUCGAACUGCUAGAUGACCUGGAUGACGCUUUGCGCCUUGCACGCUGCUGCAGGAGGGUCUACAGGACUUUUAACCCGUCAAACACCCGAUUGAGAAUCUUCCGGUCUAUUAUCAGGAAUGCGGACCAUCAUGCACUUGAACCGGAUUUAUUUCUCCUGGUUGGACUUAAUGAACGAUUAGCGCUGUAUGACGAAUCACCAGUUCCACGUGGGCUCUCCUAUCGUAAGGAGUUCUUCCAACAGCACCUCGCUGUCCGAAAUCUGUCUGCUGCAGCGAUCUGGGAGGUUGUAUGUCGGUGGCAUGCAAUGCGCCUUCUUUUCGAUUUCUACUGCGACACAUCCAUACAGACAUCGUACUCCCUUGCACGCUGGCAAGCAAGCGAGGAAAGAUGGGAGGGAGAGGACCCUCUUCCACCACCCGUUAGAUGUACGUGUGACGUUUUCCAAGAGCUGAAUGCAACAGAGAGACAGCGCUCCUAUCAACGGUUCUACAAGGCUCUGACCGCUCAUUGGGCCAUGGUGGAAAUACUGUGGGUUGCAAGAGUAGCUGCCUAUUAUUCACCGGACCUUCGGGAUGAGGCUCACGCACGAAUAUGGGAUCUGUUCACCAACAUAACGCGAUCAUUGCAGGAGAAGAUAGAUAUUGUUAAGGUUGUUGACUUCGUGUAG